CUCGAAGCUGUUGUUACACAGCCACAAAAAAACAAGGAAAAAACAGCAGCAGAGGAAGCCACGCCAUCACAUCCGGUGACGGAGAAAUUUCAGUCGCCAGGCGCGAAGGAAAGCUUGCUUUGGUUUAGUCACAAACAAUAAAAGAGAACAAGGCAUUUCUGAUGUGCACGCCAGCAGACAGUGACGAUAUAAUCAUCCUGAGUAGUGAUGAUGACGAUGAUCAUAAGGAUGACAGAGACAUGUCCUGCCUCAUCGUGGAGGUGGAGAAUGUGAAGGAAAAAGACUGCGUGUCCUCUCCCAGCACUCUGGAGGAAGACCUGGUCGUGACCUUCUCCCGCCACGCUGAUGUGCUGCCUCAUGCUCGCUACGACUGUCCCAUACACCCUUUUACGCCUACAGAGUUGGAGACUAAAAUGCCAGUAGACGGUAACCAGCUCAUUUGUGAUCAGUGCUUCUGCUACGUCUGCGAUAAGCUGGCAUCAUUGUGUAAAACAUGGUGCGUGAGUGGCAUUUGUCACUGCAACAGCCACAAGAGGAGCGCCUUCUGGAGCAACCUCAGAAACCAUAAACUGCUGGGAGGACUGACUGCUUUCAACCUCACCCUGUCAGAAAUGGACUCCCACCUCCGACAAGCAGCGACGUUGCUGCAGCAGUUCAGACAAGAGCUCUCUGCGCUCUACUCGUCCUACAUGAAAGGCGAGGCACUGAAGGAAUAUGGUCUGAGUCAAGAGAACCAACAAGGCUUCAUCUACAAUUACUCACCGGUGUUUGAGUUUGUGUCCUCGUUCCUGAACCAGGCAGAUCAACAGGACAGCAGAGCGGCAGUCAUCAUGAGCCUGGGGGCUGCUGAGGACUUUAUUAGACAUUUCCAUUUCUCAGGGGGUUUCAUCUUUGCUUCUCCAAUGGCUAAUGUUGAUACAGCUAAAAUGAUGUUACUGCAGAGGGUAAUAGCAUUCGUACAGAGACAGAUGGUGAUGGCUAAUUUUACUCCAGACUUCAUUAACAAACUACAGGAUUUUUGCAAGAAACUGCAUUUCCCAGCUGAGCUGAAGAACAUGAGAAACAGCCUGUGUGUUCGUCCCUGGAACGACGUCCUGCUCGUGUCUGUGAUGAAGGGGCAGAACGUGUCAGGCGUGCGUAAGGACAAAGGCAAGAAAGACGUCCUGGCUGAACAGAUUUCUGUGAUUCUGCUGAGGACGGAGCUACUGCAGCGUCAGCACAGGUACAGAGAGCUGUGCCGAUAUCUACGAGUCGUCCAGACAGACGACAUCGCACAGUUCCAGCAGAUACAAGACCUCAUCCCCUACUUCAUGUGCAUGGCUGGAGACUUUUCAUCAGCUCUCACAAGUUUGUUCCCCUCGGUGAACGCUCCCGCUUCCCGCUUUACUCCGGACCUCUUCCUCUUUUAUCUCAAAGUCUUUGAAACAGCGACUGCACCAAAGCUGACACCAGUCAGUAAACCAGGCGAGCUCUGCUGUCCUGGUGCAGCGUGGGAGUCUAUUAAAGAUGCUGUGCCGCUGAAACGUCAUGAGCUGGUGAGGUUCGCUCUCAGGGCUCAGGGAUGCUGCAGUGCUGUAUACGCUGAUUCUCGGUGUUGGACCAGUUUGCUCACGAUUGUCAACAAGCCUUGCGGUUCACUCACUGCUUUACCCAUGCCCAGUCUGCAGUUUCUGCAGGAAGCGCGGGAUGUUGUGAAAGAGAGAUUGCUUGAUCAGAAGGGCUCCAAUAUGCAGAUCCCACGAUCCUUGCAUGAGGUGUAUCCAGAUCAGGCCUUGCUCCUGUUGGUGACAGAAGCUUUGAGCCAAAGAAUCCUCGAUUCCGUUUUGUAUCCGAUCCUACCUGUGCUCAACACCUUUAAGGACAAUUCAUGGGCCUUUAAGUGGCUUUGUGAAAGUUUUUCCUCCAGUGAAGAACAUCUGAAAAGAUUCUUUCAGGGGAUUGCACAGGAGCGGGAAAACAUAGCAAUGCAUCCUGAUUGCACAGACUUGCCCCCAGCAGAGCUACAGAAGUCUUAAACACUGUUUACAGCACUGUUACCUUCCACAAAUACUGCAGAGAGUCACCAGCGUCUUACAGAUGUCCGACUGUACCUGCGUCCUCACACCAGCUCACGUUCUUACAAUGCACAUACAUCUGUUAUUCACCAUCUGAAUGCAAG